AGAUAACUGAAUAGUCUGGUUGCUUUUUUCACCGCAGCAGCAGCUAACGGGCAGAAACAGCGGAGCUGUUACCAUUAGAGUCAACACAGAACUGCUCUCACCGGCCGUGUUCGUUCGGUUUGUGGAGGCUUUAACGACACCUUAGACACUCGUUAACAGGGCAUCACUUUUUUCAUCCUCUCUCCAAUCUCGUUUUUUAUGUUACCGAGGCGCAUGGCGCUGAAAAGGUCGGUGAGGUGUUUUGCGGACAAACCAUCCAGCUAAUGUUAGCUAGCCGCAGCCAGCCACGGACUGCACGGUGCGGACUGGAGAGCGGAGAAGCUCGGUGCUGCUGGCCGCUCUACUCACGGACGGACGGGACGGACAGACAGACAGACGCUGGUGUUAAACUAAACGAUGGGCCUCAUAUUCGCCAAACUGUGGAGCUUCUUUUGUAACCAAGAGCACAAGGUGAUCAUUGUGGGACUUGACAAUGCAGGGAAAACCACUAUCCUCUACCAAUUUCUGAUGAACGAGGUGGUCCACACGUCACCCACCAUCGGAAGCAACGUGGAGGAAAUAGUGGUGAAGAACACCCACUUCCUGAUGUGGGACAUCGGAGGACAGGAGUCUCUCAGGUCCUCCUGGAACACCUACUACUCCAACACAGAGUUCAUCAUUCUGGUGGUGGACAGCACAGACCGAGAGAGGCUGGCCAUCUCCAAAGAGGAGCUCUACAGGAUGCUGGCUCAUGAGGACCUGCGGAAAGCAGCUGUGUUGAUAUUUGCCAAUAAGCAGGAUAUGAAGGACUGCAUGUCUGCAGCAGAGAUCUCCAAAUACCUCACCCUGAGCUCCAUCAAAGACCACCCCUGGCACAUACAGUCCUGCUGUGCACUGACAGGAGAGGGAUUAUGCCAAGGCCUUGAGUGGAUGACCUCCAGAGCUGGACUCAGAUAGCCCCUUCCUCCGCCGUCGAUGGCCUGACUACCUGCACCGCCUCCGAGGUGGCAACAGCUUGUCCUUACUGGCUUCUUGUUCCCUUUUAUUCUUUUUAAAUGACAGACUUUAAUGAUGGCACGGGGUCGGGAGCGUCGACACACUUCCACAGAGUCAUUGUUACAGUGGAGCUGGUGCUUCUCCUGAUCGGUGGAAAUAAUCAGAAACCCGAGACACGCUCACAGAGGGACGGAGCAGCGGAUGUUAUUUCAGAGGAGGGACAACAUUUACACUACAUACAUAUCAUGUUGCAUCACACGAAUCAUAUCAGAGUUUGCCAUAAACAUCACAUGGGAGCCCAAACCUGGUGCAGCUCUGUCGUCGUUUUCUUUUUGUUUUUUUAUUUUGCCUCUGUAUGAGUUUGUUCAGGUAAAAUCGAAAGGACAGACAAAGGGAUUACAAGCAGUAUUUGCUGAAGCAGUUUUGAUAGAACUGGGAGGAAGUUGUUACACUGCACAAUAUUUUAAACACUAAAGUUCUCAUGAUUGUUUUUAUUUUAUUUUCCUGUCGUCAUUCUCAGCACAGCUAUUGAUAUCUGUUACAUUCAGUUUCAUAAGCUACACUGUCAGUGGUGUUUCUCACGCUAGAACUUCUAUCGGUGCCGUAAUGAUAUGUGUUAAAGUAAGAAAUCCUAUUUUUAAUAACUGUGAGCCUGUACUUGUGUGUCAUUGAGCCAAAUGGUGUCGAUUCAGAGUGUUGGCAUGCUUAAGUUUUCCGUCAUCUAACCUCUGAAGAGAAAUUUUAAAUUAACCCUACGACGUUAUUUCCAAUGCAAGUACAAAGCUCAGUUUUAAUAACAGUAUUUUAAAUGUAAACACUAUGUUUUCUAAAUGAUGCAUUAUGACUUUUAUUUAAUUUUAAUUUUCGCUUCAUAGACUUGUUUUUCCAUCGGCGCAGGUUCUGAUCUCGACCCGUUUUGUAAUAACAGAAGGUCUCCGGUCUGCUGCGUUGUCGUUUUAUUCAUUUUCUGCAGCCAUUUCGGCGCCAUACUCCUCUUUAAACGUUUUCUACUUUUUAAACGGACAUCGGAAUAAGCCACCGUCAACCAGGUGCCACACGUUUAUCAGAUGUUGUUACAUGUAGCAGCAUAAAGACGAUGUCUCUAAAUUCUGGCCGUCGUACAGUUAAAACACUUGAUCCUCAGCCUUAACCGAGCUGUUGUGGGUUUCUGGAGGACCACAUGCGUUUAAAUCUGCCCGCGACUUUCACCUUCGUCUCCCCGGUAGAAGAAUUCCUUGAACUUGCUAACAGAUCUAUGCACGUGUCACUUUGAAACCUUGUAUACCUUCUACAAGUUCUACAGUGGCCAAAAUAAAAGGAGGAUGUGCAUGAGUUUCAUAAAUAGAGAUGAAAAACUGGGGUCCUUCUUGGUGUGAGAGUACCGCUGGGACUCUGGAACAUUUUGUUUCGUAAUUGUGGGGCGAAGUCUUUUUACACAAACAGAAAGCAGGAGAACCGUGCAGCCGCCACACUUGUUGGCAGCAUUAAGGUUUACAGCUUUUACCUUGAGCUCACAACGCAAAGAAGGAGAACUGGUCUUAUACUGUGUGUGGUGACGUCUAGUCCGGGUCAUGUACUGUACUUCAGUUUUGCUUUCAAUAAAGGCUUGUUUUGAACUUUGAA